GUUUUUAAUGCUGACAGCGACAGGCAGGUUCAGGGGGCCAAGGACUAACUUCAAUUAACAAGCAUCGUUUCCCACGAUAAUGAUGUUCGCAAUUUUGUUGAACAAAGAUUUUAAUAGGCCCUUUAGGUGCUGAAAAAAAAAUAAAAAAAAAUUACAGGAGAAAUAUUGCGCCAAAUUAACCACUUUCCUGGGUUAUGUAAAGCCUAGACAGUGUAGACGGACGGUAUAAAGGUCGGCUGUGCCCCCAGCUGCCCAAGAGUUGCUCGCGAACUUCACAACAGCAACCAUCAGCGGUCUGAUCUUUAUAUGGGACAUUGCUGUCUUCUUCUUACGAAUUUGUUCUUACGUUCACUGCUGUGGUGACUGUUGGACUUUCUCGGAGAUUUUCUGAAAAAAAAAAAACAGUGUUAAAAUGCGGAUUCUGCUUAUUGCAGGACUUUUGAGUGUAACAAGUGCGCAGUAUUUUCGCGAGCCAGAAAAAGUAAUAAGCGACUCACGAAAUGUCGGCGAUCGUCUUGGAAAAUACUCCGUGGCUUACGAAACAGACGGUGGAAUUUUGCAAAAAGAGUUCGGCUCGCGCAAAUACGAGGGAACCCCCGAUGAGGCACAGCUGAUUCAAGGCUCCGUUCAGUAUAUCUCUCCAGAGGGCGAGUCUGUUUCUCUUAGUUGGACCGCGGACGAAUUUGGAAGCCAAAUUGUUGGGUCUCACAUCCCGACGCCGCCGCCGAUCCCGCCGGAAAUCCAGAGGGCACUGGAGUGGCUGAAGAAACAACCGUCUACCACCGAGGAGAAUUACGAUGAGGUUACUCAGGCUCCUAAAGAAGAAAAAAAUGAUAUUGUUAAAGAUCCGAAAUUUAGAAAUCAAAUCAGACGCAAUUGAUAUUUUUUUUUAUGCAAUUAGUAUUAAGGUUUUUUAAAUGAAAUUUGUAUGAUAAAAUUUAUUUUAUAUUUGAUUAAAAAUUAUUGUGACUGCUGUUAGUUCGUUAAGUUGUAUUUGUAUUUAUAGAUUAUUUUUAGGAUUAUUAUAUUCACUCUCACUUUCACUGGACGCUGAUAAACUUGUACCAGACGCUCGGAAUCUUCACAACUCGGUCAACUUAAUCUUUUAUUUAUUAUUUGUAAUUGUAUUAUUUUUAUAAUUUUUAUUUACAAAUUAAUCUAAUAAAAUUUUACCGUCUAAAGAAUGAUUA